AAUUUACGUCCGCUCCUUUGAUAGGGGAUUUCACUGCUGCUGUCAUUCGUUUCGUUCCUGAAGCCGUCGAUCCUUAUAACAGCCUACUUUCUUUCACGAUGUUGUUCAAGCCCGCUCUUCUCCUGGCCGGCCUGGUCGCUGCCUCCCGCGCGCUGGAAUUUGGCGCCGCGUCCCACCAGCAAAACAACCCCCUGACACGACGCACCACCCAGUGCAAGGAGGUCGAGGAGCCAGACUGCGAGAAGUCGUGCGGCCCGGGGUACAAGACCUGCGUGAAACCGAACAUGUGCUUUAACCCCAGCGCGGGAGAAACUUGCUGCGAGAAUGGAACUUUCUGCCCUGCGGGAUCCUACUGCUCUGAUGCCGGCUGCUGCCCAAACAACAUGAAGCUCGAAGAUUGCAUGUCCGCCGUGACUCGCACCCUCAUCCACCAGGAGCAAUCCUCCACCGAAGAGCCCACGACCACCAGCACGACCAGCACCACAUCCACAUCCACGACCACAAAUACCGUCACUUCCUAUGUCCCGCCCCAGCCAACCGAAGAGCCCGAGCCGACAACCCCUUCGACCACCCCACGCGUCACCAACCCCACCAGCGCAACCGGCUCCGGCUCCUGGCCCAGCUCGACAGCAGGAAACAAUGCAACCGUCACCACACCCUCUGAGCCCCCGCAGCAGACGGAUAAUGCUGCCGUACGUGUGGAAGGCGCUUCUUUAGCUCUCGGACUAGGUCUCGUUGCCGUCUUGGCUGCUCUCAUCUAAUAAGCGCAUCUCCAAACCGUAUCACAAAGAUGCAUCGCUGAGCAGUGCUCUUUGUCUUCAGGGAUCAACAGAUACAGAGUUUUGUGAAUAGAUGUGGCCUUUUCUUUCUUUUUCUUUUUUUUCCUUUUUUUUUUUUUUUUUUUCUCGAAACAAAAAACUUUCUAAGCUUGCCAACAGGCAAGCUUUGUGUUACAUUCUACUGUAUUUUCGAAGGAGUGGGAGGUUUCUACCUGGCGGCUUUCCUGACAUGUAUCUAAGGUUUGAGGAGCAGGUACUCACAGAGUCCGUCAAUCA